AUGUUCACUGGAAUUUAUGCUCCAUGUGAAAAUAACACUGAGGAAGUUAAUUUGUUUUGGAGGGAGAUUGAAGAAACCGGAUGUUUUUGGAAUUAUCCAUGGGUAAUUGGUGGCGAUUUUAAUGAUAUUCGUUAUGCUCAUGAGAUAUCAUUAGGAGAAGCUUCAACUAAUGGAAUUAGGAAAUUUAAUAAUUUCAUCUCAAGGCACCACCUUUUUGAUUUGCCACUGAUAGGAACGCCUUAUACUUGGACAAACAAUCAAGUUCAGAGUGUAAGAAGUAGAAUUGACAGAUAUUUUUUAUGUCCAGCGUUGGAAUCUGCUUUCCCUCAAGCAACUCAGCAUGUUCUUUCUCGUCCUUGUUCGAAUCAUAAUCCAAUAGCUCUGGUCUGUGGAGGGGUGAAGUUUGGUCCAUCUCCAUUCCGCUCUUCUAAAAUUCAACUAAGAAUCUGGAGCAUAAGGGAGCUUGGUGAAGUUGAUAGCAAACUUGAGGAGCUGGAGGAUGUUUUCACUGAGCUGGAUGCAAUAGAGCAUGCAAACAAUGGUCUCUUGACUUCACAAUGGGAGGAGAGAGCUGCAGCUAGGAAAGAGUAUUGUAACUUGAGCAUUAUUAAAGAUGAAAAAUGGAGGAGCAGGGCAAUCCACUUCAAAUAUUUUGAAAAGAACACAAAGUACUUCCACAGGCUUGCAAAUGACAGAAGAAGAAGGAGCUACAUUGGAGCAAUAAAAGUUGAUGGAGUUCUUACUUAUGAUGUGAAUGAAAUUAAAGAUGAUAUUGUGGCUUUUUUCCAAGAUAUUUUUCAAUCUCAGCAGCAAAGGAUUGUCACAGCUGAUAAUAUGCAGUUUAAUCAAAUUACUCAAGAGAUGCGCGUAUGGUUAGAGCGGGAUACUUAG